AUGUUUUCUUACUUUUAUUUUGACUCGCCUCUUCUUGCUCUUCUUGCUCAGACGAGUGGCCAUUCUGAGCCGCCAGACUUCGACCCUUCUGCCGGUUUGAGCCGUCCCCACUCACGCCACACGCCACAUCGGACUCGGGAGCUGCGUUUCAAUGCCGCCCGACGAGCUCAAAGCACGACAGCAAACACGGUCGGUGACUUGACGCAAGGACGGGAGAUACCCUAUUCCGGGGGGUUGUCUUUUGAUACGCUUAAAGUGCCAAAUUUUCUGACUAAAUCCACUCUGGAAUCUGAUUUCGCAACCGAUGAGGAUUCAGUUAGUACAAAUGAAAUAUAUGAAAUCCGAUCAACGGGUUAG